ACAUUUACAGUUUCAAUCAAAUGAACCAAGAAAACACAAAGAGAAGAUUUACUUUCAUUAUUGGAUUGUUGGGGGCUCUCAUGGACCAUUUUCUGCACAUAAUUGUGUUUUAGCCACCAAAGUGAUGCACUGUAGAUACGCACCAGAGUACAAACGCUUCACCUGCUCAUCAUGACUCAUAUUUCUGUCAAUCAGUCAAUGAAAUUCAUCCACUACUGUCAUCCCUUUGUCCUGACCAGAGCAACUCGAUCGUGUCGAAGAUGGCAUGAACCAUAUCAACCAAGACAUGAAGGAAGCCGAGAAAAAUUUAAAAGAUUUAGGGAAAUGCUGUGGGCUUUUCAUAUGUCCAUGUAACAAGAUGAAGAGCGGAGCCAGCAAGGCCUGGGGGAAUAACCAGGACGGGGUGGUGGCCAGCCAGCCCGCCCGCGUGGUGGACGAACGCGAACAGAUGGCCAUCAGCGGCGGCUUCAUCCGCAGGGUAACAGACGAUGCCCGGGAAAACGAGAUGGAUGAGAACCUGGAGCAGGUGGGUGGCAUCAUUGGCAACCUGCGCCACAUGGCUCUGGACAUGGGCAACGAGAUCGACACCCAGAACCGCCAGAUCGACAGGAUCAUGGAGAAGGCCGACUCCAACAAGACCAGGAUCGAUGAGGCCAACCAGCGCGCCACAAAGAUGCUGGGCAGUGGCUAAACGCCCGGAGUCCGGAGCGUGAACGUCCGGCGUCCCGCGCCACGCAUCGAUAGGCGCUGACAUGCUUUCAUCAUGGUAUUGACCUUCUAGGUUUGCACACAUGCACAUAUCACCUCCCCGCCCAUUGUAAAUGUUGUUCUGUGUCGUCUGUCGAGCUUUUUCAAGAUGAUUGUCCUCGUAAAAAGAUGAUUUCUUAUACUCCGUAUAUCAUUCUUUCCAAAGGUUGUAUAUAGUGCUGACUUGAUGGAUCUCUAGCUCACCUGUGAAGUUUUUAUUCUCUAUGUCAAAUAUAUAUAUAUAUAUAUAUAUAUCUCACAUAUCAUAUAUAUAUACAUAUAUAUAUACACACGAGUACACUUCUCUGGAUGACAAGUAUAUAAUAGGAAUGCUGUACAAGCUGUUUGUUUUUUCUUCCUUUUCGGUAUCUCAGUAUCGUCUUAGUAAAACUGUGUCAUUACAUAUAGGCUACUGUCAUGCUCCUUAUUUUGGUGUUGUCACAAAAACAGCGGGAGAAGAUUGACGGCAAACACGAGUCACUAAGCGGCGGUACAGUUGGGCGGGACGGCAAAGAGCACUCAAUCAAAGGCAGUCCUUGGUCCAUUUUCCUUCAUCGCAAUCAUUCUGAGUUACUGUUUAGACGAUGUGCAACUAGACUCUCUGUAGCUGUAUUAGACAUUGCAUUCCAAGUGAUGUGAAUUGUGCGUUCUCUGCAUGACAAAUGGUAGAUUUUAGUCUUAUAAAUAAAACCUGUCUGAAAAAAUAUAUAUAAAAAAUGAUAACAUGGCAGUAGCAAAUUGACAAAACGCAUGCUCGGUAUUAGGACACAGUUUAUCGUUCCAUACUCCUGCAAGUUUGCAAUAGUGCCACUCUUUCUGUCUCGAUAUAUUUACCGACUGUGACCAUCUCGUUGUACAAUAAUGCAAAAGGGAUCAAAAAAGUGAGAUGAAGUUGAAACAACUGAGGACUUUGGGUUGUAUUGCAAAAAAAUGACCUGUUUUCUAAAUGAUUAUGCAGUUCAGUGAUGAAGAUGUUGAUUAUAUGAUGAAAGCUGAGGACUGGUUGUGUACUGUAUCAUAGGUUUUGGAUGCUCUGAAAAAAAUAAACGUUUGCAAUGUAAAGCAAAGACGCAUAUUUCUGAGAGACCUUACUUUUAUAAGAAAACCGUAUAUGUAAGUUUAUUCUCCCCGUGUGGUUUGUUAUUGGUAAGAAUAAUGACAAUAUUAAAUAACAAUUACAACUAUACUCUGAAACAAAAAAAUACAUACAAAUGGGUUUUUUUGUUGCUUCUGUACUUUAGAGCUAUGCACACCAAAUCGCCAAAAUGUCAAGUAGUUAGAGUAAGGUGAUGAAUUACCUAAACCUGAAUGACACAAUAGGUUAAACUGUGAGAUUGAUGUCCUCAACGCAUGUAAUACUAAAGACUCCCUCUCUGUAUCCUGUCAGUGUGUGAAGUGGUGGACAUUUUGUAGCUAGCUGAAUUGAUUAAAAGUAAUAAACCCUA